AUCUGAUCGCUCAGCCUCAAGUUCAAGUGGUUCAAAGUGCGCGCGAACAAAUUGAAAAGAAACAAAAUUGCAAAUCAAAUUACAACAGCAAUAACGAUUGCAUUUAUCAAUCGAUUUUAUUGGACGCGGGGCACUACGAUAAAAUAAAUAUCAAUAAUAAAAAAAAGAAACAAACAAAAUAAAUACGAGACGAUACGAUCGCUUAAUGUACGUCGGUUAUUUUUUUUUACCGUUGAUUUUGUUGUUUUCUUAUUUUAUGGUCGCAACAACAACGACGUCGUAAUCUUAUCGGCUGAAAAAAAAGCGCAUAACGUAAUAAUUAGUGAACGAUCGAACGCUGGGCUUGGGACACCAGCGACCGCGACCGCAACCGCAACAGCGAGCACUAGACGAACAUGCGGCAGCCGGAACAGCUGUUGGCCCCAGAUGAGAGCAGCAGCUAUGCCGCCUGCCUCAGCGAGGAUCUGCAGCUCUUUGGCCAGCUGAACGAACUGCAGCUGAUGGGCAGCGACUUUGAGCUCACAUCAACUCCGAUACCCGCUGAUGAAGCAACAACACCAACGCCUAAGGCAGGGAAACGUGCAGCGCCCACAAAACGACAAAGGAUCAACAGUUGCGAGGUGUGCGGACGAUGCUUCAGUGAUCCGUAUACGCUGCGCAUACACAAGAUGACGCACACCGAUGAGAAGCCGCAUGUGUGCAGCGAGUGCGGAAAGGGUUUCCGGCAGCAGCACAAGCUGCGCAUGCACAGCGUCAUCCAUACAGAUGAGCGACCGCAUCAGUGUGAUAUUUGUGGCAAGGGUUUUCGCUUUGCCAACUAUUUGGCCGUACAUCGACGUUUGCAUACCGGAGAGAAGCCCUACGGCUGUACUGAGGCCAUGUGCCAAAUGUCCUUUCAUUCGAUACACGCACGACGCAUGCACAUCAAAUUGCACCACCACCAUCAAGUCGAAGCCAGUCGAAUCGCAGAGGAGAGCAGCAGCGGAAGCAGUUCGACAGCAUCGUUGAGCUAUACCUGUCCCGUUUGCGCACGCGUGCUGAGCGAUCAGUGUUAUUUGAACACGCAUCUGAAGCGACACUACAAUCAACGGGACUUUGUCUGCACGCAGCCGCAGUGCGGCAAACGUUUCUUUAGCUCCUCGGAACUGAAUCAUCAUCAAAUCGCGCACACACGACUCCGUCCAUUUCGCUGUGCUCUGUGCUCUUCGUGCUUUUUGCGCAAUUCGAAUUACAAGCAGCAUUUGAAGCUGCAUCAUAAAGCAACAGCAUCAGCAUCAGUGACUCAAACUGUUUAACAAUUUUCAUUUUUUUUUAAAAUAUAAGGUUUAUUUAAAUAUACGUUUUAUACAUAGAAUUAUGUUUUUUUUUCUCUUUUUUUUAUUUGUUUGUUUUUGUUUAAAGUUGUAUCUUUAUCUUUAGACGCAUGUAUGUAUAUUAGAUAUAUGUAUGUAUUGGUAAUUGGUAUUGUUUUUGUGUGUGUGUAUGUUUUGCUUUUGUUGCUGUAAUUGCGCAUAUGUAUAUUUAUUUUGUAUUUUCUUAUUUAUUGGUUUCUCAGUUUUCUCAGUUGCUUCUUCAGUUUCUCAGUUACAGUUGCAUUUACGUUUGGUUCUUCUGUUCUUCAUAUGUAUGUCUGUAUGUAUUUAGUAUGUAUGUCUGUCUCUAUUACACUUAAUUACAUUUUAGCAAAAAUAUGCAUUACAAAUGCCUGUGUGUGUUUUAUGCAUGAGAGCAUGUGUGUGUUCGUUUAAGCUCAAGUGCCUUUGGCUGUCUGGCAACGCCAGCAAAUUGGAGCUUAGUUUGUUGUGCGCGUUGUGCAACACUAACGUAAACAAAAUGCAGCCUGCAGCCGUUACACUGACACACACACACACACUCACACGCAACUAUCAAUUGCCCGUUUUACAUGCAUUGUAUGUAUAUGUGUGUGUAGGUGUAUUUGCUUUUGGUUUCGUAACGAAAGAAAAUGAUAAAAACCAAAGCGCAGUAUUUUUUUUGUUUUGUUUUUCUGUAAUGUGUAAUGCUUAAAAACAAAAUUUAGCUUUCUAUGACAUAGUCAACAUACACAAGCUAGCGAAAUUUACUCGUUACGACUUAACAGCUAAAAUCCAAAGAGAAGACAAUUACAAUUACAAUAAAAAAAAAAACAAUAAAAGAACACGCUCACUUGCUGCCUGUCCAACAAACUGCACAACUUUGUAAAAUUUAUAUGUGGUUCACAUCGACACUUCGAAUACGAUGAAACGCAAUUUCCAACUGCAUUAUCUCGAUUUCAAAUAGUAUGUGUCUUCUUUGUGUCAUUUUCAAAUGUUCUUCACGACUUUAACGGACACUUUUGAGGUUAGGUUUUACCUAACUCUUAGAUUAUGCGUUUUGAGGUUAGGUUUUUGUGCAGUUCGUUUAUUGUUUUCGUAAGCGGCACCAAGUGUUAUUUGUUUUUCAUGUUCCAUUCUUUUUUGCAACUUAAAACGAUCUAUGCGUGCUUUACUUUUGUUUUUUUCCUUUCAUUUUUUUGUUGCUUAAUUUCUGUUAAUUUAAGAUUUUAACACACACAUACUAAGCGAAGAAUGUAAACGCUAUAAACAACAUUCAUAUGACAUAUUUGUUUCUUUUUUCCACUUUAAAAUAUUUAUAUGUAUAUUUUCUCUUUGUCUCCCUCUCUCUUUUUAGAUAGCUCAUAUGUGUUUUGUGUGUGUGUGUGUGUAAGCUUCAAGCUUGAUAAAUCCCAGUUUCUGUUUUAUUUUUUUUUGUUCCGUGCUAUGCUCAAUCUUAGAAAAACAUUUUCCAAAUCACCUGAAGUUUUCUUUUUUUGUUUGUUUUUAGUUCUUUCACAAAGAAUUUUGAAUCUCUAUCGCGCGUUGUGCAACACUGUUGCCUGUGCUUUCCCUUUUGAAUUUUUUCAUCUCUAUGUACCAAGAAAAUUGUCGAGUUU